AGGCAGGGUGGUGGCACUCUCGGUUAUCGACCAUUUCCUUUGCCCACACAUGUUCAAAAUUUAUUGGACAUAUUAUUCUUUUCAUCUUCAACUGCAAAAUUGCUACAAGUAGCACCACUGGCCAACAUAGUUCACGUCUAGUACUACAAGAGUAUUCUUGUCAUCUAUCUGAAGAAAAGUUUACUGUUGCACAAUCAAGAAAACAACGAUGUUACUUCUAUCUGUUUGUUUUAUUUUCUUCCUUCUUACAUCUGCAUCUGCUCAAGUCAGGCGCAAACCAGGAACUGGUCGUCAGUUGUUGGACAAAAGAGACCAGAUGAUACGACUCCCUGAGGAUGGUUCUUUACCAGAAGCACUUCGAAGACGUGGAGUGUUUGGGCAAUUGUCAAGGUCGAAAUUUCGACCUUUCGAGAAAGGACGUAUUUUGGCGACUCACCAGAAAUAUCGAGAAGCUAUCAACGGUGCCAAUCUAUUAUUAAUGGAAUGGGAUGAAUCCCUUGCUUCUUUAGCCCAAGGCCAAGCUGACCGAUGUGUUUUUGGACCAGGCAACCUCUUCUUUCUGAACGGGACAAAUGUUGGUCAGAAUUCAGUUGCAGUACAAGGAAAAUUAAAGCCAGAAGAAAUAGUGGAAAUAUUCCAGUCUCAGUCUUCAAACUAUAUUUAUUCAACAAAUAGUUGUAGGAAAGGUAAAAACUGUGAAGCAUAUACACAGUUAAUAUGGUAUGAAACUAAUAAAGUUGGUUGUGGUCAACAGUUCUGUGAUAGUCUUCAAUUUUCUGAUGGUACCACAGAAAAACAAUGGUGGAUAUAUGUAUGUGAUUAUUCCCCACCUGGAAAUUAUCCAGAACACCCAUUCUUUCCAUCAACUUAUGAAGCAUGUGAGCUCUGCAACUUAAGUCCAGGAACUCGCUGUUUACGAAAUCAAUGUAAAUAUUGUGACCCAGGACUGGAACCUGACUGCCGACCCUUUAAUUUCACACUUUGCCGUUCUGACAAAGACCCCUGUUGCCAAAAUUGGGAUCGCCAGUUCUGUAUACCUGAUACAGCUUACUUCAAUUAUAUGGCACUUAAUUGUGGUGCCACUUGUGAUUCAUAUAUGUGUUUGUUUUAAUGAAUAUUCCACGAGGACAGACAAUAUACAGCUAGAAAUAACCCAGUGAAAUACAUAACUUGAAGUAACCCAGUGAGCAUAUAGCAAGUGAACAAACUGCUUUGACUGGAUUAAUUUGAAAUUGAACCCAUAUACUCUUUGUAAACAUACUCAUCAACACACAUUCUUAACAUCCCACUGUCUGCCAAAACAUCGAACGUCAAACAAAAUAAUUAUCAAAUAAAAGUA